GUCCGAGCAAAUUGUUUAAAUCUUCAUUCUCAUUUCUGAUUAUAGUGUCUGGGCCAUGGGUUUACGAAAUCAAUGCUAUUCGUCUUCGUUGGCCAAUGUGAUUUGGGCGCAAAUAAUCAAGAAGUUGAGCUUCACGGAUGCCUAAGCGGACUACCUAAUCUGUGUCACAGCAGCCUCAGUUGUUCUUGCAGUGGUCCAGAAUGUCAUCGAAUCACCACACAACUUGGUCAAAACAAACAGAAACAUGAUGGAGAGUUCAGGUCGAAUCGUUCUCAGCUAAAAUAGAGCAAAACUGGGAUGGAAGCGAAGUCUCAUCGAGUUGUCAGCGAAGGUGGUCACACCCUGGGGGUGAACUUAGCGUCUGCAGGACAUCCGCAGGUACCUACCUCCACUGCGCUUUAGGUGACAUCACAAGACCUCCCCCUUCAACCUUCAACCCUUCAUUUCGCAGCUUGCAACAUGCGCGAUACAGCGAAAUGAUUUGCCAAAAGUGCCGCACGCCGCUCAAACUGGACAGUUCCCUUGAGGAAUUGAAUCCUGCGGCGUACGAUCUUCUCGUCGCCUCUUCCUCACAACAGUCACCCAAGAAGACGCCUUCAUCACGACCAUAUCACCCACAAGAUGGCCAAAGAAAGGUGCUGUAUGACAAGGUCUCGCAGAAUGCAGCCUCUGCGACAUUCAAGCGUCAUGGCAGCGGGCCAUCGAAUUCGGCGCAACGAGAUUCGACCAUGUCCUUCAUCUACCUUACCGAAUCACAAGUCGCCCAGCCAGUGCUCUCCCGACCCGAACCACUGCCACCGAAUACGAAAUUAAACAGGGGAAAUAAGGGCGGACAGAAGUCUCUUGAGGAACAGCGUGGAGGUAGUAAGGCGCACGAGAUAGAACGCAUCAACAAGCUGUUCGAAAUUCUCUCCGCGCGAUCCGAUAUCGACCAUCCCAUCUGCGUCGAGUGUACCGAUAUGCUCGUAGAAGGCCUUCAGAAAAAGCUUGAGGCCGCAGCGAGGGAGCGCGAUGCCUACGUCGGCUUCUUGAAACAGGUGCAGAGCGACCAGCCGAACGAGGAGGAUGUCAAAGCACAAGAGGAGGCUCUGAAGAAGGCAAGGCAGGCGGAAACAGGAGCUAUGGCUGAGUUGCUACGCCUAGAGCAAGAAAAGGCAUCUGUGGACGCGGAGAUUAUUGCUUUAGAGAAGGAAUCACAGCAGCUUGACCACGAGGAAGAGCAGUUCUGGCGCGAGCGUAACGCCUUUGCCACCAAGCUUGCCGACUUCCAGAAUGAGCGCGACAGCACAAAUUCCAGGUUCGACAACGAUGCUCAGCUGUUGGAGAAGCUGCAACGCUCAAACGUGUACAACGACACGUUCUGCAUCAGCCACGAUGGCACGUUUGCUACCAUUAACGGGCUACGUCUUGGUCGAUUGUCGAACAAACCGGUUGAUUGGCCUGAAAUCAAUGCGGCAUGGGGUCACGCCCUUCUUUUGCUGGUCACAGUUGCCGACAAGCUAGGCUACAAGUUCGAUGGGUUUGAGCCGCAGCCCAUGGGAAGUACUUCAAAAAUCAUUCGGUUCGAACUCCCUUCGCCAACGGCCAGUCGUUUAGGAUCGCAUCGGAACGCGCCACCGCCAGCUCCAAAGAAGCAUGUCCUGGAGCUUUUCUCUAACGGAGAUUUGCCACUGGGACUGACCUUCAUGCAUCGAAAAUUCGAUAACGCGAUGGUUGCAUUCCUUGAGCUCGUUCGGCAGCUUGGCGCUUUCGUGCAUCGACAGACGGCAGCCGACGGCCACCCACUUAGCCUUCCCUAUAAGAUUGAGGGCGACAAGAUCAUGGAUGUGAGCAUCAAGCUCGGCAUUGCUCAAGACGAUGGGUGGACCAAGGCGUGUAAGCUCACUUUGACGUGCUGCAAAUUCCUGCUUGCACACGCUAGUAACGUCAAUACGAGCGCGAGGGCUGCGAAUAAUCAAUAGUUACGGCACAAUUUCGACGCAUAUCAAUCAGGACUUGGAACAUGGAGUUUAGGGGCUUUUUUGGCAGGUAUAGAUCAAGCGUAUCAUUUAGAGUUCACGGUGUAUUGCUAUGAAGCACAUGUCACAAGAAACAGUGCAUUCCCUCUUUAUUGCUUCCUAUCGGAGAAAUACUGUCGGAUACUUGGAGAUGAUUUCGUCAUCACUGCAAGGAGACCCUUUCACCGUCGUCGAAAUAGCCAACGUGCAAACUUGAGUUUGGCCUAAGGUAGCCUAGCACGUAGCACUGACAAUUUAUAAACUACCUUAUAAUAGCCUCACUGUGUGACCAGACCUGCAGCUUUGGGAAGACGAGUUGAAGUACGUGAUGAAAUUGCGAAUGCCCCCACGUCGGAAG